AUGAGAGCCUGUGCGACGGAUGAGGGUUCUUGUAGCUGCUGUGUGAUGCUUAAAGAGAUAAACAGGCUGAGGACAUACUUUAACACAACCAUGAAUAAUUUGGAGAAGGAAUAUUCACAAACAGCGCAAAGUCUCGACAAUAUCGAAGCCAGCUACACUGCCGUCUCUGUUGCUCUAUUCAAUGAGUUUAAGUGUCUCGGCUCCUACCCAAUCAACACCCUUGUCAUCUACAAACAUGUCUUCAUCAAUCUGGGUAAUGGCUACAGUGUGGACACUGGUAUCUUCACUGUUCCACGCUCUGGUGUCUACAGCCUCGCCCUCACUGUCUACAGUGACUCUGGUUCUCCUGGUAGCAAGUUGGACGCCUGCGCUGGUCUGCUGCUGAACGGCCAAUUGGUGGCAGCAACCAGAGAAAUAAAUAUGGAAGACCAAGAGGACAGCGCCACUAUUGUUGUUGCCCUCCACCUGACAGCUGGGGACAAGGUGGCGGUGAACCUGCCCAUUGGAUGUUUCCUUUGCGAUGACAGCAGCCACUAUAACACUUUCAGUGCUUUUCUGCUUUAUCCUGAAUAA